GAGGAACGACGUCGCUUGGGAAGGGAACAUUGGCGGUUGAAAACACAUAAGCCCUAAACCCUACGAGCAGCUCAGCGCGAAAGCCGUAAAUCAAUAUAACACCUCGUUCUCUCACAGUCUUCGCUUUUAAGUUCUUCUGCAGAGAAGAAGAAGAAAAGCAUAAGCAGAAGAACCAAAACUGAAACCAAAAUCGUUGAACCUUCGUUUUGGUGCGAAACCCCAGCAAUGGCGUCCUCCAUAGCCUCGCAGUUAGAAGCUAUCAGAUCCUUCGCCAAAACCGAUUCUGAUCCUCUCAAGAGGCCAUACACUCGCCCUUCCAUCUUGUACGAUCCCAAAAAAGCCGCUGACAUCAGCACCGAAACUAUUUUCACCGAAGCUCUUCGAGGCUUAGAGAUUCUUAUUGGCAUGGAUGAGCGGUUCAGGAACUAUAAGAACGAUUUGUUUAGCCACAGAAGUAUAGAGUUGGAUAGAGAGUUAAUGGGAAUAGAACAGAACAAUCAACUUAAUGUCUCCAUUGCUUCAUACUUGAGACUACUUUCUGGAUACUUUCUUCAUACCUCUGCUCUUCAAACGCUCGAGUACUUGAUACGUAGACACAAGAUUCAUGUAUACAACAAUGAGGAUUUGAUUUUGUGUACUUUGCCGUACCACGACGAGCCCGAAUUUGUUCGAAUAGUACAGAUACUCGAUACAAGGAAUACUAAAUGGGGAUUUCUUGAUGGUGUGAAAGCCUCUGGUGCACGGCUACCUAGAAUGGUCAUAGUGCAGCAGUGCAUCCGUGAUAAGGGCAUAUUAGAUGCUCUAUGUAACUAUGCAUCUCCAUCAAAAAAGUCUCGACCUUCAAUGCCUGCAAUUCGCUUUUGUACUGCUGUUUUCGUUGAAGUUUUGGGUACUGUUGUGACUGUUGAUGAUGAUCUCGUAAAGAGGAUACUUCCUUUUGUGAGUCUUCAGCCUGGCAUUAAGGGGGUUUCAGAUCACAAGGCUGGUUCUUUGAUGAUCAUUGGCUUGCUUGGAAACAAAACUGCAUUAGCUCCUAAACUUUUGAAUAGUUUGAUACGUUUGGUUGCUGAGGUUGCUCGUCAGGAGGCUACAGAGUUGACAGAUCUCCAUUGGUUUCGAUUGUCCCUUAUUACCUUAAUUAGUCUUGUUCAGUCUCAAAAUGUUGAAAUACUCCCAAUGAAGGCCUUGGAGAUAUUAAAGGAAAUAAGGGACCUGGCAGGGGUUUUAUUAGAAUUAUCUGAGGAGUUCAAUAUUGAAAAGUUUCUCCUUGUGCUUUUGGACUCCCUGAUUGACUGCAGUUCUUCUGAUGAAUACUGUCAGCGGACUUUGCUAUCCUUAAUAGAAAAAGUCCCCAUAAAUGGUCUUGUUUAUCAUGUGGUCACCAAGAUCCUUUCAACUUGUGUGAAAUUAUCACAAAAAGUUAGCGACUCAACUUCUUCCGUGUCAGCUGGGUGGGCAAAAAAGAUUCUGUUUGUCGUCAAUACAAAAUACCCUUCUGAAUUACGAGGUGCAGCUCAUCAUUUCCUUCAGGAUAACAAAGCACGUUCUAAGAAAGAUGAUUCAUUGUAUAAGGUUUUAUGUAAGAUGUUGGAUGGGAAUUCGGAUUCGUCACUUGAUAUUUCAGACUCAAAUGUUUGGUUGGGCCUGUAUCAUCCAAAGGCUGAUGUUCGACGUGCUACACUGCUUGAUUUAAAUAAUUCCGUUAUCCUGAAAGCCAAGGCAGUUGGUUUAGAGAAUCUUAUAAACAUCCAAGAGGACAUAUUAAGACAGCUUGAGGAUAAAGAUCUAACAGUUGUUCAAGCAGCUUUACGUGUUGAUGGCUUGCCGAAUGUAAUAGAUUCUUCUAAGCUUCUUGAUGCACUACAAAAAGUGCUAAGAAGAUGCACUGACAAACUGCUGUCAGGUUCAGCUGAUAACUAUAGUCUAAAUGGUGAAGUUGCUGUCACUUGUCUAAAGAAUGCCAUCUCCUACUUCAGUGAUCAUACUGAUUACUUGAAGAAUGUUGCUGCUAUGAUUUUUCCGUUACUCCUUGUUCUACCACAGACACAGAGCUUGAAUUUAAAGGCUCUGGGACUAGUCAACAAAAUAAACUGGCCACUUUAUCAGAAUAUUGUCGUGUCUUCUUUUGGAGAAGGGACAUUGAUACCUGGAAGUUUAUCUUCAAUUAACUUGAAGACUAUUGAUAACAUGGCUAAGAAUUUCAUGGUCCACCCCAAAGAGCAUAUUGCUUGGUUUGUUGAAAGCUGCAGUGAUUUGGAGUUGUCAAAGACACUCUUCUUUUUUGUUCUUUUGCAGUCUCUUUUGAUAAAACCAAAAGAUGAAGACAUUUAUACACUAUUUGAAUGUGUAUUUCCUAUUCUAAAGGCUGAGUGGGAAACAUCAGUGACAGCUGGUGAUGCCUCAUUGGAUGAGUUCAAGCCUGAAGUGUUAGACUGGGAUUGCAGUGCAUUCUUUAAUGAGCUUUUGUAUGUCAAGCUGAGACAUCUAAAUGUGAAGGUUAUGAUUUGCAUAUUUUGGAGGCUAGCACAACUAAUAUCAGUACUACCUUCUGACAUUCUGCUUCAUGAUGAUGAUAAGUGGGUCAACAAGAUAAGGGAUCUGUUUGUAUUUUUUGCUUCCUCUAAAUUGAAGCAUACAUUCCGCGAACACCUCCAUUACUUAGCAGCACAGUGCAGAAUAUCACCUCCCCGCCUCUUAUCUAAGUUUUUCACAGAUGAAGGUGUUACUGCUGCAGUUCAGGUUGAAAGUCUUCAAUGCUAUGCAUUUCUUUGUAGCCUGUCGCAAGAUAAAUGGCAAAUUGAACUUUUAGCUGAAUUUCCUUCUGUUCUUGUUCCAUUUGCGAGUGAUAAUCAGUCUAUAAGGGUUGCUGCCAUGAGCUGUAUUGAUUCAUUGCGUACAUUGUGGUGUCAUGUUGAGCGUUCUGGCAAGAAAAAUGGUAACAAUGCAACGUGGAUCCAUUUUUUGGGUGAUGUUUUGGCAUUGAUGGAUCAACAAAAAACAUUCAUAUUGUCCGACAAGAAAUUUCUUCCUUCAUUGUUUGCAUCUGCUUUUCGCUCAUCCUGUCCAAACAUCUUGGAGCCUCGAAACAUCUUGGUACCUCAAGAUAUAGAAAAAAGGUUUGACCAGCCUACAAAAAUAAAAAUUCUCGGCUUCAUUUUGGGUUCCACUCUUAAAUUCUCUAACUACGGGAAGCUAAUGAUUUUAUCUUUAUUCAAAGGAAUUGGGAAUGCCCUUAUGCACAUUCCAGAAGUUGGGCCAUUGUUGUCCUCUUUUCUGGAGCAGUACUAUGAUGAGCUCAAUAAGUCUUGUCCAAAAUUGUCAAACACUGAAACUCAGAUAGUGUGCCUUUUGCUGGAGAGCUGUGUUAUGUCAUCUCCCUCUGGUGGAAAUGAUCUUCAAAAUCUUUUACUGAAAGCUUUGCGGUUGGGUGCCAUGACUUCGGAUGACCCUGCCUGUGUAAAGCCUUGCAUCACUGUCUUGAACAAACUUAACAGUCAAUUCUAUAUGGAGUUGAAGAAUGAAGUAAAGGAGGGUUUAUUUUGUGAGCUCGUGUUUUUGUGGCAUAAUGAUAAUGGUGAUGUACAACGUGCAACUAAAGAGGCAUUAAUGCGCAUCGAUAUUAGUUUCUCAACUGUUGGCCACAUGCUUGAUCUUAUACUUGCACAGAAGAGUUGUAUAAGUAGUUCAGCAGAAGAAAAGAUGGUGAAGAAACAAAAAUUCAUAGGACAUCAAGAAGCAGGAUAUCCUCCUAAUGACAUAUCCAGAAGAGAUAAUCCAGUCUACAUCCUUAGUUCCCUUCUUGAUGUUUUGCUACUGAAGAAGGACAUAACAAACAGGCAUUUACUUUUAGGGCCCUUAUUUAAGCUUCUUAGCAAGGUGUUUUCAGGUGAAUGGGUGAAUGGUGCCUAUUCCCCGGUGAGAAGGUUAAGCCAACCUUCAAGUCCUUCUGAAGCCAACAAUUACACAAUAUAUCAUAUUCAACAGACUCUGUUGAUAAUCCUGGAGGAUAUAAUUAUUUCUCUUAAAAGCAUGGCUCCGCUAAAUGAAAAAAUAAUAAGUGAAAUUAACAUCAAGCUAUUGAUAGAGUGUGCCCGGAAAUCCCCCGUUGCAGUCACCCGCAACCAUGUAUUUUCUGUACUUUCUGCUGUUACCAGAGUCUUUCCAGGCGAAGUUUUGGAGCAUAUGCUUGAUAUUCUAGAAGUUAUUGGACAAGCAGCUGUCACACAGAUUGACAGUCAUUCAAAGCAUGUUUUUGAGGAUCUUAUAUCUGCAAUUGUUCCGUGUUGGCUGGCUAAGACAGAUGAUGUGGAGAAAUUACUAAUGAUUUUCAUGGAUAUAUUGCCUGAAAUCGUUGAGCACAGAAGGCUGUCAUUUGUGUUAUAUCUAUUAAGAACUUUGGGUGAGGGUAAAAGCUUAGCCUCAUUGCUUAUCCUACUUUUGCGUUCAUUAAUUUCAAGGAAAGCUGCCUGUUUCCUUAAUGUCAAGACACGAGAUGAUUUAACAUUUUAUACUGGGGAAUGGGAAUAUAAAUUUGCAGUGCAAAUUUGUGAACAAUAUACGAGUAUGAUUUGGCUUCCUUCUUUAGUCAUGCUGCUUGAGCAGAGGGGAAAUAGUGAUGUUGACCAGGCACUGUUUCUGGAAUUGUUUAUUGUAAUGCAAUUUUCCUUGCAAAAGUUGCAAGAUCCAGAAUUUGUGUUUAAGUUGGAAUCAGGAGAAGAUACUGCAGUCAUUCAGAGGGCACUAGGUGAGCUUAUGGAGCAGGUUGUUUUACUCUUGCAACUUGUAGAUGCAAGAAAAAAACAACUGAAUUUCCCUGUAAUUCUGAGGAGAGAGUUGAAGGAAACUAUGCGAGCAGUUGUAAGGAAUCUAACAACAGUCAUGAUACCUGUCAUAUAUUUUAGGAGCAUAAUUAAAUUGCUUCGUCAUGCAGACAAGAAUGUAGGAAAAAAGGCUCUUGGGCUGUUAUGUGAGGUUGCAAGAAAUCACAAAAAUGUCAGCUUAAAGCUUAAAGGCAAUAAAGGUUCAAGGUCAACUCCAAGUUUUCUUUUGCUUCAUAUGAAUGAAACUUCUCAAGAAUCACUUAAUAAAUUGUGUUUAGAAAUUAUUCGAGUACUUGAUGAUUCAUCAAAUACCUCCUUGAAAGUGGCAGCAGUUUCAGCAUUAGAAGUUCUAGCUGAAAGAUUUCCUUCUAAUAAUUCCAUCUUUAGUCUGUGCCUUGGAUCUGUUACAAGACAUAUUGUGUCUCAUAACUUGGCUGUGACUUCUAGCUGCCUCAGAACAACUGCUGCCCUGAUCAAUGUUCUAGGUCCAAAAUCACUGGCAGAACUUCCCAAGAUUAUGGACAAUGUGAUGAAGUCAUCUCGUCGAGUAUUGGCUAGUUUGGAUAAGAAACCCGAAACCACCGAUGUUUUAUCAGCCUCAAAUGAAUCCCAUUUUUAUGUUCUCAUCACUUUGGAGGCAGUCGUGGACAAGCUUGGUGGAUUUUUAAAUCCAUAUCUCACAAAUAUCAUGGAGCUUCUGGUGCUUUAUCCUGAAUAUGUUUCAGGAGUAGAUGCAAAAGUGGAGUCUAGAGCUCAUGGAGUACGAAAGCUUCUUGCUGAAAAAAUUCCUGUUCGACUUGCCCUGCCACCUUUGUUAAAAUUAUACCCAGCUGCCAUUGAGGCUGGGGAUAAAAGCUUAACAAUUGUAUUUGAUAUGUUGGGAACCAUAAUUGGUACAAUGGACAGAUCAUCUAUUGUGGCAUUCCAUGGAAAGGUAUUUGACCUUUGUUUGGUUGCUCUUGAUCUGCGCUGUCAAAGUCCUCCUUCAGUUCAAAACAUUGAUGUAGUGGAAAAAGCUGUGCUUAACACAAUGACUGUUCUGACCCUAAAACUUACUGAGAGCAUGUUCAAGCCUCUUCUCAUAAAGAGUAUUGAGUGGGCAGAAUCUGAAGUGGAUGAAACUGCCUCUAGCGGAAGCAUUGAUAGGGUCAUAUCGUUCUAUGGCAUGGUAAAUAAGCUUACAGAGAGCCAUCGGUCAUUGUUUGUUCCUUACUUCAAACACUUGCUUGGUAGUUGUGUUCAUCAUCUUAGUGAAGGUGGAGAUGUGAAAGUGUCUAGAGUGAAUCAGAAGAAAAAGGCCAGGAUUCUGGAUGAUGGCAAUAUAAAAGAAAUAGGCAGUGUGUCUAUCAAUGCCUGGCAUCUCAGGGCACUAGUCUUGUCAUCCUUACAUAAGUGUUUCCUGUACGACACUGGGACCUUGAAGUUUCUUGACUCCUCAAAUUUUCAGAUGUUGUUGAGACCUAUUGUUUCACAACUUGUUGUAGAUCCACCAGCACUGUUGGAUGACAGCAUUAAUAUACCAAGUGUGAAGGAAGUUGAUGACCUACUGGUUGUAUGCAUUGGUCAAAUGGCAGUGACUGCUGGAUCAGACCUUUUGUGGAAACCUUUGAAUCAUGAGGUUUUGAUGCAGACACGGAGUGAAAAAUUGCGAGCUAAAAUAUUGGGCCUCAGAAUUGUUAAAUAUUUUGUGGAGAACUUGAAAGAAGAAUAUCUAGUGUUCAUAGCUGAAACAAUCCCCUUCCUCGGUGAACUGCUUGAGGAUGUGGAGCUUUCAGUUAAAUCUCUUGCUCAGGAAAUUCUGCAGGAAAUGGAAUCUCUGAGUGGAGAAAGCCUUCGCCAAUACCUAUGACGUAGAUUAGGAGAGCCGUAUUCAUGGUUUUGUGACAUGAGCAAAGAGCUAGAGAUGUGUAAUCAAACAAAAAAUAUAAUGGAUAGGCCAGUGUAAACUGUGGUUAAUCAAGGAAAAUUAGCAUUUAUUUAUUCUGAUAAAGGUUAAAGUUCAAUUUUUCCCGUGCAAUUUUUAAACUCAGUCAUUUAUAGCAUAGUGCUUUUGGGGGUACUUGUGAUAGUAAGAGAAAAGAAAAAGAAAGAUUAAAUUGGUUUAUUUUUUAAAAUAUCAUUUAUACAUUCUCCAGAGGAAUUUUAUCCGA